AUGUCGAAACUAGUAGUCGUGCUACUUUUUGCUGCUUAUUUGUCUGUGGAUUUUACUUCAGGAAGCAGUAUUUACCGCCAGACCGAAGACGAGUCUUCAAUGCAUAGUCAACAAGACGAUAGCGACCGUAGAUCGACGUCAAAUUUGGACAAAUAUGGUACGGUUGGUGUAAUUAGAAAUCAAAGAUUUUUAAACUCCGUAUAUGAGAGUUUCUUGUUGUUAAUUUAGGUUUGAAAGUGUUAUUUAUUAAGGGUAAGCCAUUUUGCUCUGCUUUGGAAUGGCAGAUGAAAUAGGCCGGUUCUACUAGAUUUAUUAGUCAAAUCCUUGCUGUUCACAGCAGGAAAAGAAAAAUUAAAAUGUGGCAAGCUUGCAACUCAAACUUUCACGUCUUUAAACUUGAGAGAAUUCGUGUUGUUUUGAUAAAAUGACUUUUUCCCCAGUUGGUAAUCGGUUGCUAUGAGGACUAAGAGUUUGUCUACCUUUGUUUUGGUGCCCAGUAUUGUCAGCAUAUUCCUUGCCAACAACGUUAAGACAGUCAUACAAACUGAAGAACGUUUGCCAAUGACACCAAUCUUACGUUAUCUGCCAAGACGUUAACAGAGCUUAAGCUAACUCUAACCCCUGAAUUAAAUAAACUUAGUUGUUGGCUGAAAGCUAACAAGCUCAGUCUAAAUGUUGCUAAAACAGAGCUAAUGAUUAUUGGAUCAAGACAAAGACUAUCUGCCUAAUGUGACGAUGUAGAAAUCAGAAUUGAUGACCAAAGUAUCAAGAGAGUCGAUCAUACCAAAUCCUUGGGUCUUACCACAGAUGCUCAACUCUUUUGGGGUAAACACGUUGAAGAGAUUUGCAAGAAAAUCUCUUCAACUAUAGGCGCCCUAAAACGUGUGCGGCCCUUUACAUCCAAAGAAACUGCAAUUCAAAUUUAUAACGCUUUAAUUAUGCCUCAUUUGGAUUACUGCAGCCCCUUCUGGGACAGUUUGAGUGGUUACUUGACUGAUAAGCUCCAAAAAUUACAGAACCGUGCAGCCAGAUUUAUUACUAAAUCACCCUUUGAUACGAGCUCAAACCACCUUCUCUCCACCCUCGACUGGGAGAGGCUAUCUCUUCGACGAAAGAAAAAAAAAGCUUUAAUGAUGUAAUAAUAAUAAUAAUAAUAACAAUAAUAAUAACUUUAAUAGUAACAUUCUCGUGAGGUUUUUCAGGAACUAUUUACAAACUAUUUGCGCUGGCCUAUAGCCGUUCUGUAUAGCGGUAUCUGCAAAGAGUUCCGUGUACGAGUGUUACGAGUAUGUAUAUUUGAGCGCUUGGUAAACUUGCUCGUUAAGUAUUGAGGCGCAAGAUCGUUCUGACAUUUAAAGGUCAAAACGGAGUCUCUAUAGAAUAAUUGUUCUUUAACAGGAAGCCAGUUUAGCUCUCGAAGCACAGGUGUUACGUGGUCAAACUUCCUAGAGUUUGUUACGAUCUUGCUGGCAAAAUUCUGAAUAGAUUGUAAUCUGUUUAUAUUCUGGAGUGUAGUAUUUGACCAUACAGAUGAGCAGUAAAGCAUCUUACUAAAGACUAAUGACGUUAUUAACAACUCUAGUGUUUCCUUGUCGAAGCUCCUUCUGACUCUAUUUAUUUGGUAAAGCUUUGCGAAACAAGAUGACACUACAAAUGAAAUAUGGUGAUCGUAGGUCAGAUGGCGGUCAAGAAAGACUCCCAACUCCUUGGCAGAGUCUGUUGGCUUCAGAAUAUCACUCUAGGGUCUUCUGGUAACCUGCUUAACAUCUGUCUGGUACCGAGGAAAAGGAGUUUAGUUUUAUCGGGAUUGAUAAGUAGAUGGUUCUCACAGCACCAAUGAGCUACACUGUGAAGGUCUUGUUCGAGCUUUUCAAUGGCAGCAUCAAGCUCAACGAGAGGAAAUGACAUGAAUAGCUUUGAGUCAUCCACAUACGAUUCUAGGUUGCAGAACUUCGGUGCCGUGGGUAAAUCGUUGAGAUAAAUGCAGAACAACAAUGGUGAUAGGAUUGCGCCUUGAGGAACUCCGUGAGUUAUAGGUAGAGUGUCAGAGUAGGCGGAACCAAUUCUCACGUAUUGCCUGCGACCAGUUACAUAGCUCUUGAACCAUUUGACAGUAGAGGGUGAGGCUUUUAAGAUGGACAGUUUGCGGAGCAACCUUGCAUGGUCUAUACUGUCGAAGGCUUUGGAUAGAUCUAAUAGUACUAGUGCUGUUAUCUGCUUUUUAUCCAUUGCUUCGAGUAUCUUAUCCGUGAGCAGGAUGUUUAAGGUCUCUGUAGAAUGAGCUUUUUUAUUGCCGCUUUGGUGUGAGGUAAGACGGUUGUUUUUUGUGAGAUAGGCGCUGAAAUGAUUCAAAACAAUCCUUUCGAGGACCUUUGAAGCUACGGCUAGCAGAGAUAAACGGUCUGUUGUUGGCAGCUUUUUCAUGGUCACCGUCAUUAAGAAUCGUAAUCACCUCAGCCUCUAUCCAUUUGUCAGGAAAUGUGCUAGUAAGGAUAGAACAAUUGAUGAUGUCAGUAAGAGGGCUCAAUAUGACAGGGAGACAGUCUUUUAGUACACCAGCGCUGUUCUUGUCCGGCCCCGGAGAUUUAUUCAUUGUAUAAAACCACGAAUGACCUUGCUCCGCAAUAUCUACAAAGUCUUUUCUUUCAUCGUCACUCUGCUUACAACUUAAGAAACUCUGAGGGAAGGCUGACCCUGUCCAAACCAAUUAUUUGAAAUGAAGCUUCUCUCACAGCGGAGCCAUGUUAUGGAAUAUCGUGCCCAAGAGCUUGAAAAAUCCUGCAUCCGUUGAGCAUUUUAAGCGAAAUAUCAAGAAGGUAGCUGAUAUGUCGGAUUCCCACACGGCAAUCAUGUAAAGCAGUUGUAAUUAGUUUUAGUUUUUAACUUAAGCUUAACUGAUGAUUUCCCGUGUUUAAAUAAAGUUUUACAUACACACAUACAAUAAAGACGGAUGGUUAACUAAUCACAUGGAGACUAUAGACAAUACAAGACGUUUGCUUUCCUUUGCCUUGUAAUAUCUUUUUCAGUCGUUACUGAUCAAUGUUCACCAAUUCAUAUUUCAAGCUCACACUUCAGGGAUGAGAAACUUAAUAAAUGAGGACUCAGAACUUUAAAUGUCAUAAUUUUGAAUAGAACGCUUUCCUCGGUGGCAAGUUUUCCCUCAAUUCAAUGUUUGUAUUUCAUAACUCAUUUGCUGGACCAGCACCGCUGAUGUUUCUUCAGUCAAUACCUUAAACUCUUGAACCACUCUUCCUUGCAUCAUGCGAUGAGAAGCAUGCAAUUAAAGACACUUUCGAGUUUUUGCUGGGCAGCACCUUCAGAUAUUUCAUUAUGAAUAUCGUACUGGGCUUGCCUAUGGGUCUCUUUUCCAACUGAAAAUCUAGCUGAUUUAUCUUGACGGCUGGAAAUCACUGUUCUACUGUUUGUAUGGCCAUAGUUCAAUUGAUUAUUUGUAUAAAAUGUAGGAUACAUACCUCAAAGCGCCAGGGAUUCCCAUGACACUUCAUCUGCUAUAGAAAUAAUAGUGACUCAACAAAUUCUAAUUAUUCAUCUAUUAUAGUCCCACCCCGUCGGUAUCUUACAUUCUUUUAACUCCACCAGUGGAUUCACUUUCAGAUGAGAUAUCAGAUGACCAGGAAUCAAAGGACAGUUUGAUGACUCGCUUUGUAAACAAUAUGGCUAACAGAGUGGACACAGCUCACAAGUUGUGGAAUGAGGCACAGAGUAAGAAAUAAUUUUUCGUGUUUGCAAUUCAAUCAAUGAUCAACUGUCAGUCUUUACUAAGGCGGCGGCGGCGGUUGCUGGGGCCACAGCACCAAAUGUCCCCUCCUAGAGAGGUGUAUGCGUUCCUAUAGUACAGAGUCAAAGAAAAUGGCUGAAGAAAUUCAAGGGCCAACUCCAGGUGUCUGUUAGCAUCAGGGAGGGGGUGUCAGUCUUAUGGAGUCAGCUGACUUGGCAAUUUUCGUCAAUUUCUGUAGUACUGGCCUGUUACUAGAGAUCGUUCGGACUCGUCGAAAACGACGAAGAGAUUUAACUUAACGGUUUUUUUUUUCGCGUACUCUCAAAAAAAAAAAAAAAAAAAAAAAUACAUACAUACAUACAUACAUACAUACAUAUUAAUACUCACAGGAGUUCAGGCUUCAGGAGUAAUCAUUGAUCGUUUAUUGCGACAGUGCUGUUUCGUAUGGUCCGAAAUUGUAGGACCACACUCAAUGCAGUCAAUGCUCUUCAAUUAAAUGAAUUGAGCGCUCUACGGAAUACGUUCUACCCAGAAUACAAGUAUUUACAUACAUACAUACAUACAUACAUACCUACAUACGUACACAUACACACACACCCUGGAAAGUCUCAUUGUACUUUUUUUCACCAGAAAAGUUAACACCGUUAAAAACUCUCCACAUCGAAAAAUGAUGAAACCUCUUGAAAACAUGUUUCCUCCGCUUCAACUUGUUUAAACUUGUAGUAGAAUGGGGACAGCUAUAUCACGGUUUUUCACUAAAACUCAUGACACUGGUUUACGCGUGCGCACCGCACUACUCAGUAUACAGGAAAUCUCAUUCUCGUUGUCGCCGUCCACGUCUUAGUUACAUGCGCUGUAGAAUCUCUCUUCCAUGGCUGUCCGUCUUGUAAUGUCAGCAUUUCUUGAAUAACUUGUUUGUAAUGAAGGUUAUGAUUAUCUUUAUUCACUUCGUGUAACCAUUUGUUUUCGAUGCUACGUUUUCCAGUUGGUGUGACCACAAAACACAUAAGUUGUUAAGGACUGUUUUUUUUUAAAAAAAGAAAGAAACGAUGAGUAAAAAUGGAACGAUGACAACCAGAGAUCUUUUUAUCGAUUGCGACUAAAACCUAAGUUUCCAAUAUUAAUCUUUAGGAGAUUCAAGCCAGGGGAAAGAUUACUCUGAUGCAGUUUCAUCAUUCCGCACUGAAGCUGAUCCUGAAUCAGAUGAAGCAAAGAAGAGUACUUUAGUGGGCAGUUUUCUUGAAGGAUUGAGGGCUAGUGCGAGCCACGCCCGAAGCUACAUGAAUAACGAGGAAACUGGUAUGGAUUAACAUCAGUUCAACUGUAUUAUGCAUUAUAGUUUAGCUAAUGUGAACAAAAACUGUCCUCAGCGUCUUAUCACACUGUGAAUUCAUAUAUUUGGCGCCGACUUUGAUGCUUUUUCGAAUAGUAAAAACCCCGCGCAAACGGACGCAACAUUGUUGGAUGUUACAUGUUGCGUCCCUUUGCACACUCUGUUGCAAGUUAUUGCGUGUUGUUGGGAGUUGCUGCGCAAAUUAAGUUUGAAACCGGUCAAACUUUCAGCCGCGUGCAAACGUACGCAACAUUGUUGACCAGAAUCCGGGAUCAGAUGCAAGGUCUGUAGUUGUAAGUUGGCACAUUGGGGAUUAAAAAUUUACAGUAGAGUAAUAAAAGAGUGUAAUGCCCAGACAGUUAAACAUAGUCGGCUGCAUCUCUGCAGUAUUAAUAUAAUUUGUUGCGAUUAGCUAAGCAUCAUCUCAAUUAGGUCCUCGGUAAAAGCCGGUUAGGCAACACAGCAACCGCUUACAAAAUAUAAAAGAAAAAAAUUACAUGCAACAAUAAGUAAAAUAUAAAUUAAAAAGUAAUGAUACAAAUUUACAUGAUUCCUAGCCUGUUCCAGGCGUUCAGAUAGUAGUGCGCGGGAGAAAAAUUCACGAGAAAAAAAAAAAAAAAAACGAGGGGAGACUAGAGGGGGAAAGGGGGAGAAAACGCCCCCCCUGUUCCACCACGCCCCCGUUUUUCCCGUGUACAACUUAACUCGCUCCCCAUUUACCGCCAAGCUCCACUAUCUGAACGCCUGGAACAGGCUACAUGAUUCCAGUCUCUAGUAGUUCUUGGAAAAAAACAAAUCCUAAACACAUCUUUCUUACAGUGAGGUUGCUGCUCUUAGUAGGGGUAUCAUUGCUGAAAUUGAAAUUUUGUAACUGGGCACCAAUUGUUAACUUUUUGAACCUUGCACCUUAGGUAAGGAUAAGGAAACGAACGAGGAUGAGGCCAAUUCUUCUCCAUACCUCUCCAGUGAAAAACUACCUUAUCUGGCAAAAAACAUGCAGAACGGCUUCAAACGCGCCAUGAAAAGCUACUUGGGUACUGAUGAUAUUUUCAGUUAUUACGUCAAACGACAAGGUAACUACCCUGAUAACUGAUUGUACUGAAUAGACGUUAAACCAUAACUCUACUGCCACCUCUCACCACUCUACUACUAACCUCGUUUCACACCAUUCUUUGAACUAUGAAGGAAGUGCACUCAGUUGCCUUAGCUAUUGUACAGGUAUCAGUCCCACUCAAAAUUCCAUACGGCCAGACAAAAUGCAAUUGAAAACAAACUGCAUGACAUGCAGGCAAAUUACAUUUAUGGCUGAGGAGUUUAAGCGUGAGAAAAAAAAUGCAGCUACUGGACAGAACAGAAGUAACUUUGACAUUCCCUUCGGCCAUUCUCCAUUCCUAUCCUCUUAAGUUUACAAAUCUACUUUAGUAUUUGUGUCGGUAACUCAGGCUUGAGCAAGUUUCCUUUUCUCCAUCGAUUUAAGAACCGGGACAUAAAUCAAAUCAGUGUCAAAUCUUUGGGAUUAACUGCUUGAAAGACAGUAUACUAGGUGAAGAAUGAAAGUAAAAGCAAGCUACAUUGUACAACUACUAAUCUACGAUCUUUCUUUCCCUCUCUUCUCAGAGAGCAAUCCAGCUCGCACAUGAAUGUGAUACACUGAGAGAAGGUGAAGAAGCCUUGAGAAUGAUCAAAGUGAGCGGUGGUCUGGUUGUGAAAGUAACAGGUCUUUGUUACUUCCACUGAAUUUCAAAGGCUCUCUUUGAGUUUCCAUCGUAUCUAAAAGUUUUUUCUUUAUUUGUUUCUUUAAUUUUCAACUCUCCGUUACUUUAUUUGUAAUAAAAGUCGUGUUUUGCUUUG